GCUCGCGCCGGUCAAUGUCCCCUCAAGACUGUACUCGAUUUGACUCGAGCCUACUCUGGCGAGAACAGCUAUAGCGUUUGGUCAGUUCUAGCCCAGGGACUGGGUUCUGUUCGCGUCCUCCUCCAAGAGAUGGCCUACAAGGCCGGUGACGAGGUUUUCUUCUCCGAACUUUCACCGGAGGAGAUUGGUCUCAAUAACCUCUACACCCAAUUGGCCUUUCCCGUUUAUGAGAAACUUGGUGUGUCCGUGGGGCUUUAUCUGCUCCUACUGUGGUGUUCUUUUCAUGUGUCUACAUGGUCCUUUUCCAGCGAACACUUUCCCUUUUUGUGGCUUGUCACCAAAAAAUUAACUCUGGUUCUCGGUCGUGCUCGUCACCCCGACGUCCUCUCGAAGGCGCGCAAGGCCUUUGACGCGCACUACGCCUCUGUAAUGGAGACACCAGAGGGCCAGCCACAGACAAAUCUCAUUUCUCCUGACCUGCGUACCACUAUCUACUCCCUGUGUCUACGCAACGGAGGUGCAGAGGUAUUCCAGCGCCUCCUUACAGUAAGUCUCUAG